CUUCUAUAACCAACAGCGACUACCGAUCAUCGCCACCCACCCUUGUCACAUCGCCUCUAUCUUGCCUACUCUCUCCCAUAUCAUCUACGCUUCUCGCCAAGCGACCUAUUCAACCUGGCAUCACUCGCCCCGCGUUCACUCUCGCUCUCACGCAGCAGCGUCCGCGCGAUCAACUCUGCACGUUCGAUCCAUACCACCACCACCACCACCGUCGUUUCCGUUCGACCUCAAGCUCAACGAACUCUUGUUACCAUCGGAUCAAGGCAGAACGCUUUGAACACCAUAACUCCCAGUCGUAGAUUAGAUCAAGCGUGGUUGCAGACCCGUAGGACACUCGCUACUAUGCCCCCUAUCACCAAGGACGAAGCUGAAGGUACCGAAUACGACUUGUUCGUCAUCGGAGGAGGAUCGGGAGGACUCGCUUGUGCUAGACGAGCUUCCGGUUCUUACGGAGCCAAGGUCGGGCUCGCUGAAGGUUCGCCUCAACUCGGUGGAACCUGUGUCAACGUCGGAUGCGUCCCCAAAAAGGUCAUGUGGUACACGGCCGACGUGGCCGAUAACCUUCGUAAAGCCCCUUAUUAUGGGUUCGGGGACGAGGCUGCUGAAGUGGCCAUCCCGAAGUUCAAGUGGAACUAUUUGAAGAAGAAGAGGGACGCUUAUAUCAAGAGGUUGAACGGGAUCUACGAAAAGAACUUGGUCAACGACAAGGUCGCCUAUCACCAAGGUUGGGCUUCGUUCGUCAGCAAGAACGAGGUCAAGAUCACCAAGGAUGACGGGACGUCUUACAACGUCAAGGCCAAAAAGAUCGUCGUCGCCGUCGGUGGAAGGCCGACGAUCCCUUCGGACGAUGACAUCCCCGGAGCCUCUUACGGGAUCAACUCGGACGGGUUCUUUGAGAUUGAAGAACAGCCCAAGAGGGUCGCCGUCGUCGGAGCUGGGUAUAUCGCCGUCGAGCUCGCUGGGGUUUUCCAUACCCUCGGUACGGAGACUCACCUGAUGAUCAGGCACGACAAGGUCUUGAGGACUUUCGACCCUAUGCUCCAGGACGUCUUGGGCGACUACAUGGAAAAGACCGGGGUUAACAUUCACAAGAACACCAACGUGAAAAAGGUGGAAAAGACCGAGACCGGGUUGAAGGUCUACACGGACUCUUCGGACGAACCCGUCGAGGUCGACGUCCUCCUCUGGGCCAUCGGAAGGCACGCCAAUACCGAGAAGCUCGGAUUGGAGAACCUCCCCAACAUCGAGCUCGACAAGCAGGGCGAUAUCGUCGCUGACGAGUACCAGAACAGCAACGUCGAAGGCGUCUACGUCAUCGGGGACGUCGCUGGGAAGGUACUCCUCACCCCCGUGGCCAUCGCCGCAGGGAGGAGGUUGAGCAACAGGUUGUUCGGACCGGAGAAAUUCAAGGACGACAAGUUGAGCUAUGAGAACGUUCCUAGCGUCGUCUUCAGUCACCCGACCAUCGGGUCGAUCGGGAUGACCCAGCCCGAGGCCGAGGAGAAGUUUGGAAAGGACGAUUUGAAGAUUUACAACACGAGCUUCAAGGCCAUGUCGUUCGCCAUGCUCGAGGAAAAGGACAAGCAGCCGACCUCGUACAAGUUGAUCUGCCAGGGCGAGAACCAAAAGGUCGUCGGGUUGCACAUUAUCGGAGAGGGAAGUGACGAAAUGUUGCAAGGAUUCGGAGUGGCCAUCAAGAUGGGCGCCACCAAGGACGACUUUGACUCGUGUGUCGCCAUCCAUCCCACCUCUGCCGAAGAGCUCGUCACCUUGCGAUGAUCGUGCCCUACGCAGUGGUGUGAUGUGGAUGUAGCACGUCUAGUCUAGAAAGCAUUGUUCUUAUCGAAAUGAAUGAAUGAAACUGUCGUCUGUUGUUA